GCACCCCUAACCUAACCGCCUCUCUCUCCCUCCGUUGUUUUAUUUCUCCUCUCAUCGGCUGCCCUGUCGUGAGUCCUUGUCCCUCCGGACCAUCUAGUCGUCUCUGCCCCGAGAUCUUAGAAGUUCCCAGUAGAAACCUCUCCUCGUCGGAACCCUAACCCUAGCUCGGGCUCGUGAGAUCGCCGGAAGAGGAGAGAGAUGGCAGCGAUCAGCCUGCGGAAGGGGAACACGCGGCUGCCGCCGGAGGUGAACCGGGUUCUGUACGUGAGGAACCUGCCGUUCAACAUCUCGAGCGAGGAGAUGUACGACAUCUUCGGCAAGUACGGGGCCAUCCGGCAGAUCCGGAUCGGGACGAACAAGGACACCCGAGGCACCGCCUUCGUCGUCUACGAGGACAUUUACGACGCCAAGACCGCCGUCGACCACCUCUCCGGCUUCAACGUUGCCAACCGCUACCUCAUCGUCCUCUACUACCAGCAGGCCAAGAUGUCCAAGAAGGUCGACCAGAAGAAGAAGGAGGACGAGCUUGCCCGCAUGCAGGAGAAAUACGGCUUAUCUUCCUCCAAAGAUAAGUAAAACAUUCUAGUCGAUCUCGGAACAAAUUCGAAACUGGUGGUUCUGUGGGAUUGAAUCCUUUGUGCGUGUCUUGCUAAUAUGAGUGCACUUCUAUAUCCCUAGAACUUGUAUGAUAUGAUGCUUUUAUGAUGAAAGGAUUGAAUCUUUAGUGGAUUUGAUGACUUUUAGGUUUGGUUCUUAUGUCAUCCAUGACAUGGACUCACUCCUGGAUGGUUUUUAUCUAUGAAUUUAUGGUUGGAUGUGGACUUUUGCA